AUGGCGGCUCUUGGGGAGAGUGGAGGGGAAGCCGCCUCGGCGCUCUUUGAGGGGAAUGAUAACGCCGCUUGGGGCCCGCCAGCUCUUCCAGGGGCCGCCUUGCCUCCGCAGCUCUUCGAGAGCCGUCCCGCGCUGGCGGCUGAGGGGCGCCAGGAGCAGCGGUUGGUGCUUGUGGCCGAUGAAGGGCAGCCUGGCGAGGCGCCUCCGGGAAGAAAGCCUGUCUCGGAGUUGGUGGUGUCCUUCGGCCUCCUACGGCAACCGACUCUCGCCGCCCCAGCUCCAAGGAACCGCGGGCCUUCGGUGGCGGCCCAGGAGAGCGGCUCCUUGGCGCCUCCCGCCCCUUCUUCCGCCACGCGGCCUGUCGGCGGCUCGUCCAGCCCUCCCUCAGAGCCCCUGCUGGUGUCCAGCGCCUCGCAGAACGCGGCGCAGCAGUUGCAGGAUGUGGCCUGGCGGGUCGCCCUCCAGCAGGGCAAAUCGCGAGCGGCCGCUGCUGCUCUUCCUCCCGUCAGGCUGCUUCCACCCCAGGCACGUCUGUGGAGUUACAGAAGGAAAGGGGUGGCGGCAACGUGUUGUAGGUCACUGAAGUUCAAGAAUUUGAGGGAAUAUGUAAUUUUACGUUUAAAUAAUCUCUGUUUCUUACAGCAGUUUGAAACUAUCUGUGUCCAGGUACAGCCUGAUCAGACAAAAGAAAAUGAAAGACCAGCACUAUCUUUUGCCUCUAAUCAAUCCCGGAAUGUAACAGCAGCUCAACCAGUUCAGAAGAAAGCAAAGGUUUUGGGACUCAAUGUUAUUAAUCCUCAGAUUAUUAGGAUAGAACCUCUUACAGGGACUGGGUCACAUCAGUUUUUCUUACACAGCUCUUCUGGGCCAACAAUUCAGCUGCUCCUGCAGAAACCUUUACAUCCCCAUGGACAAGUACCUGCAGAUAAGAUAGCAACACACCAGGUGCUAAAUGAGCAGAGAAACAAGUCUACUACACAAACUCCAAGUGGUACUGUGGUUUCAAAAAGUCCAGCAAACUCUAUUGCAAACUGUGAGAAGAAACAAAGAGAACAAAAGCUUAAAAAGAACCUGAAGGUGAAAACCCGAUCUGGGCGGAUUUCCCGUCCUCCUAGAUAUAAAGCCAAGGAUUACAAAUUCAUUAAAACUGAAGACUUGGCGGACUGUCACCAGUCUGAUUCUGAUGACUAUUCUGAGCUCAGUGUAGAAGAGGAUGAAGAGGGCAAGGAGAAGGAAAUUCCCUUGUUUGGUCCCUUGACCUAUGACUUGAGGCCAAAAUUGUUCAAGUGUCAGACUUGUGAUAAAUCCUACAUAGGAAAAGGAGGAUUAGCCCGACAUUAUAAAUUGAAUCCUGACCAUGGGCUGCAAGAAUCUUCACCAUCUUCUCCUAUGAAUCAGCUCUGUAGUGUGACAUUGCUGGAAGACACUGGGGAGGCAAACAGUGGAAGUAGCCAUCAGACUCUUGAACUGCCACAGGUUACUGUAACAAAUGAAAAAACAGAUGCCACAGAAAAUGGGCAACAGGCUGGGACAGGUGGAGGAAAGAGAAUGUCUGCAGUACAACAAAAGGACGUCAGUUUGUUACACCUGGGUCCAGGGAGGUCUCGACAACAGUGGCGCUGUGGCCGCCCCAGGAAUGCUGAAAGAACAAAAUAUUCUGGAAGAUUUAACAGACCUGGACAGUUCCCGCCCAAGUCACAUAACAGUAUGCCUGCAGAGCAUCACAGUGCACUGAGAAGGAAAACUAGGCUAAAAGAGCUGAUUCAGCAAUACACCAGUGAAGAUUUCAUGGAGUUGGUGGUUCCACAUCUUACAGCAUUUGUUACUGUGUUUGAAUUCCUACUUAUGAAGGUGAAAAAAGAUGACCCAGCAAAAAUCCUCUUUCCUGAUGUAUACAGGGAAUUUGAAGAACUUCAUGCUAUGGUGAUGAAAAUGUGCCAAGAGUAUUUCAGUAAUCCUGAGAUAAAGGAGCCUCUGGAAAUUAAAAAUCCCAAGGUUGCUGAAUCAUUAGGAAUAAAUUGCAAUUUAUCUGGAGUGCAAAAUGUUCAAGUAGGCUCUUCCUCUGAACAUGUUAAUAGUUUUGGUGAGCAUAUCUUUAUGGAGGCUUCAGGACAGAAACGAGCAGCUGAGAGUUCUGAUGAAAUGUUGCUACUUGCUAAAAGGAUUAGAGAGGAAAGCCUGCUGGAGAACACAAAUGAUUACUCGAGUCACCAUGGAAUGAAAGACACAACUGCUACAAAUGAAGAAGAGAGCUCUGCAGCAAAUAGCUGCUGUAGAAGAUUGGCAAAGGAACAGCAUGAAUCGCUUGAAUUAGAAGUUGCAAUGGAUUGUGAAAAUCCAGAUUUGCCCUGUCAGCCCAUGAAUAUGGGGCUUGAAAACCUGCAGCUUUCAAAAACAUUGGGUCUGGAUCAUUGUCCAAGCUGCCUGUUCUCAUGUGAUGAAAUGCAACCAUCUGUCAAUGCAGAAGAUUUGCAAGAAAAACCCAUGGAUGCAAACACCUCUUGGAAUACAGCAAGUAGACCAAGGGGUCCUGAAUUCUGUAACUGUCUUGUGUCUGAAGGAUCUAGUCAAAACCCUGACCUGUCAUUGCUUGAAGAAAACAGUCAUAAUGAAAAAUACCAAGAGCAGCUGGAAGAAAAUGAAGACUCUUCUAUUCACAAAAAAUGUGGAACUUAAGAACCCCAGCAAUGCUGAUCUUGAAAACUACUUUCUCAGUAAUGCCAUGGUAGUAGCUCAUCCAUUUGAGACUCCAGUGAAGAGAGCUACUCCUAUAUAAAAAGCCUGACAAUUCAGAAGUGUAACUGAUUAAAUUUCUGUGAUAUAACAGUGUACUGGUUGGAGAGGACUGGCAAAUGCAUAACUGAGGACAGAAUAACAAAUCUCAUAGAUAAUUCCUCAUGGAUGACAUCCAUUAAUUUGUCUCAUGGACGAGGGCAAAUAACUGAGGCUUCUGGUGGCCUGGGUCUGCUCUGUUCUAGUGGUUCUGCUGUUUGAAAAUGAUGGUUCUGUUACCAGUGUUGUUCCUUUGCACAGCUAAAACUUGUUUGAAAAUGCUGGCAGCGUUGAGCAGCAAAAUGAGGGCUGGAAGCAAAUGUCUUGCUUCUGUAAUGGCUUUGUUUUUUUCUAAAAGCAUUCUUUGUUGGAAAAGAGUAUUUUAGCAUAUCUAAUAUAUGUUAAUAUAUCGAAUAGCCAAAAUGCCCUGUCUGUGCGGAUAUCUAAAUCCAUGAAUUGAGGGAUGGGGAGGCAUGGAGGUGAAAACAGAGUUUUCUGGAGACUUGGGACUCCCCAGGUUUGCAGAAAAAUCUGAAAAGUUAAAAAAAAAUGAAAACUAUUGUCUGACAACACACUUACCUCCUCUCAGCCUCCUGGAUGUCUCAGAAGCCACUGCUGAGUCCCUUCAUUGCCUUUCAGGACAGCACAAGCUGCUGCCACAGCAGCCAGUUCCCUCCCGCAGCCAACAGGAUGCCCUUGCUGGGUCCUUGCUGUGGCCUCCCGGAGGUGUGGCUUGCCUCACCCUCCUUGACCUGAUGCCCACUGGCCUUCACCUCAUCUGGGAAGGGAGGGGAGGAGGCUCUUGCACUGUCUCCUUGCCUGAUGCAAAGAAUUGGCACUCCUGAGCUCUUCUUGCUGCCUCAGGAUGAGAUGUGGCUCCCGCUGCUGUUUGGCCUGGCUUUGCUCCUCCAGGCAUUCACCAGGGAGCAUCCAAAGCACGGCAAAGGUGGGCUGGGAUGGGCUGGCAGGAGGAGAGAGAAAGGAGAGCAGGAAGGAGCCUGCAUAGACUCCCGGGGAGGGGUGGGAAGCAAAGGUGGGGAAAUGUUCCCUCCCUGCAAGUUUCUGGCAACCUUAAUUCAAGCACAUUUAAACUCUAGUUGAAUUUUUGGCCAAACAAAAGUGUUUACACAAAACAGUUCCUGGAAGAUGACAGUUCUCAAAACAGAAGAAAACAUUUACAGGAGACCCAAUAACAGUAACUUUGUUUUUUUUUAAAUGGACAGGGAGUGGGAAUUUUCAGGAGUAGGUGCCAUGUUGGGGGCUGGGUUCUGUGGAGGUAUUGAUUUUGUCAGGUGAUUCUGGGCCACUCCCGAUCAAUGGUUUGACAGGAACCCCUUGCCAGGAAUUCGAGGGGGUGGGAUUCUUCUGCUUCCUGAGUCCCUGCAGCAGUCUCCCUCCUUUCUGCAAACAAUAAACAGUGAAAAUCAUCAUUUACACACAUUCUUUGGUGACCUCCCUCCCCUCCCCUGUGGCCAGGAGAGGUCUCCCUUACUUUUGAUAGCAGCCAUUUGCUCACCCAGAGCCUUCUUGGAUUAUCAUCCUCUUGACUGCCACUCAGAUUAAACGCCCGGCUGCUGCUUUGGUUACUUCUCCCUCUGCCGUGCCUGAGGAUGAAAACAUUUGGUAUCUUCUGUUGCCUAGCAACAGGCUGGGGGGUGCUGAUUGGCUGCAGCUGUUGCUCAUCUGCUGCUGACAGUUUCCAGAAAGUGACCAUUUUGUUUGUUUGCCGGAGUGUAUGGCAUUAUAUCCCACUGAGGUCCCUCCCUCCCCAAACCCUGCCUUUCUUAGGCUCCACCCCCAAGCAGGGUCUUAGGGUCAAGGUGUUUCACAUCACCUACUACCUGAUACUAUUUUGAAUUGAGAUGCUGGGGAUUAAACCUGGGACCUUCUGCACAGCCUCCCCUCCCCCAAAACCAUUUGUUUCAGAAUCACCCUUACUCGGCUCUUCAAUGGAGAACCAGUAUGAUGUAUGGAUAAGGAUGUUUAAGGUCCGGGAGAGAUGGGUUGAAAUCCCCACCUGGUCAUGAAGCUUGCCAUGUGACGUCAGGACAGUCAUGCUCUGCCUCUGUGUGACCUACUUCGCAAGGUGGUUGUGAGCAUAAAACGGAAGAGUCAGUAUGCCUUCAAUUUAAAAGAUUUCCAGUCUGCUCCAUUCUGGUGUAGGCUUAUUUAGCCGUUUAGUUGUGUGUAGCUCUGUGCAGAACUAGAGAACAAACAGAUGCUCAGUGGAAUAUUGUGUGUUGAAUGAAACUAAAGGUGUGGAAUGGCAUUAUCUCUCUUUACAACACCCCUGUUUUAGGAUGCCGGUGUCAGCUGUAUAUUUUGCUACUUACAAUAUUUUAAAAGUGCAAGCCCUGAACUUAUCUGACUCUGAAGCUCUGUGUAUUUUCCACUAACUAGUCAAGAACUGGCUUUUCUUGAAAACCUUCCCCACUGUUCCUAUAUUAAUUCCACUGAUGUUGCAUUUUAAUUGUUUAACACUGUAGUAGUAUAGAAUAUUGGGUUCGUAAGGCACCAAAGGUCUCAAGCCAAGGACAGUUAUGAUGGAGACAUGGCAGAGGAGGCAGAAUUACUAGUUUGCUCUCUGCUGACCUUUAGAACCACCAGGGGUUUGUAUUACAACUGCUCACACCAUGAGGAUCAAGUGACACAUAAAGGCAACAAUUCUACCAGGAUCCUGUAAAGCUGUCGAUUUUGGCCCAGCUCCCACAUCAGUCUGCACAAUUUUUCAUUCAUUCACAAUUUUUCAUAGACCUUUCAUCUCCUUUGUCUUAAUGCUAAUGUGUGCUGUAUUUACAAGUAAAAAACUAGCCAAAACACUGGGAGAGGCGUUAUUGAAUUCUCUGCCCAGUUUUGCAAAGUAUAUUGCUGUCCUGAGUCAGAUCGUACCUGAACGUACAGACGGCUUUAAUUCUUUCGGCCUCGUGGCUUCACUGAACAAAACCACCCUGGUCUUAGACUUCUUAUUGUGGAAAGACUUCCUACUCUUCCACAAUAUUCUGUAACAGUAUAAAAGGGAUUUGGUUUGGUCAGGGUUAGAUGUGGAAGGAUGAAACCUCUCUCCUGUCUGCACAGCUCCAAUCUGAACCAAGCAGAGUGUGGCUGCGAUUUAUUUGUUUCUUGAAAUCUGGGAAGAUCCAAUCAUGGAUCUCUCAGCUUGAUCCUAAGUCUCAAAUCUAAUUGCUUUAAGUACAGGCUUCUCUAGCAAGGUGACUAAUACAUUUGAUAAGGUCCCAUGCUCUCUUGGAAGUCAGGCUGAUUGAACAGACCUGAACAGGAUUCUGAGUUGACCUGCUAAGGAUGGAUCUAUGCGUUAUCUUGAGUAUAGGCAGGAACAGGCUAGGAGAGAAAAACUGCCCUGGAAAAGGGCUCUGGUCCCACCUACUCCUCACACCCAAAGAGAGGGAGAGUGCAAAUGAUUAAAUAUAAAAGAAUCACAGCAAUACAGAAACACUAGCAUAUGUAAAUGAAAUUAGAAAACGCACAGCUGUUACUACUUAUGCUAUCUUAAAUUUAAAAGAUAAAAGUACAACUCAAGAUUCUAUUGAAGUGCUUUCAGAAAACGAUAAAAUAUUUUUUGAUUUGUACCCCUCUCCCAUCCUCACAAGCAGGUCUCUGGCCCCAAAUCUGAGAGAUUCAAGGGUUUUAAGAUGUGGCUAUUUUAUUCAUGCCCAUUUAUGGUGAACUCACAGGACUGUAUUAAACCACUUAAUUCAUUUCCUCUGAAGGCACGAGUAAUACACCUCUGAACAUAAAAUGACAGUUUCCUGAAGAAUGCUUUGAAACUCUUCAGCUUGUAUUUUUCAAAUUUAAAUGUUGAAAUACAAUGCAUUAUCUAUUUUGUUAGGCUGAAUGUGUUUAGAGUAAUAACCAGAACCUCUAAAGGCUAUUUAAAUCGCUUGGUAAAUGAGAGAGAUGUUCCUUAUAAGUUGCAUUGUCUACUUAGUUGAUACAAUCUUCCCAGAAUGAAUUGAUUAGCAGAUAUGUUGCAUUGUUUCUGGACAAUGUUCUGAUAAAAUAAAGGAUAUUCUGAAAUGAAACUGCUGAGAAAUAUUAAAAACAAAAAUAUACCUGCAA